UCAACAUGGCACCACCAACACUUGUAACUAAGCUUGUUUUGAGUGCAUUUUUUGUGCUUCAGAUUUGUGCAUUUGCGAGCGCACGCCGCACCUCAUCGAUGGCGAAGAGGCACCAGCAGUGGAUGACGGGAUUCGGGCGCAGCUACAAAGAUGCCGAGGAGAAGGCCCACAGGUUCAAGAUAUUCAAGGCCAAUGCCGCCUUCAUCGACACCUUCAACGCCGGUGAGAACUGCUCCCACACGCUCGCCAUCAACGAGUUCGCUGAUCUCACUCAUGAGGAGUUCAUGUCGACUAGAACUGGAGCCAUGGUGGGGAUGGAAUCUCUCCGGACCUCGUCUGCGUUCAUGUACGCAGAAGCGGACGACGAUGAUAUUCCGGACAGCGUCGACUGGAGAGCAAGGGGUGCCGUCACUCAAGUUAAGAAUCAAGGCCAAUGUGGAAGUUGUUGGGCAUUUUCGGCAGUUGCAGCAACAGAAGGCAUAAACCAGCUGACCACCGGGGAUCUGGUUUCUUUGUCCGAACAAGAGCUCAUUGAUUGCGACAAUACCCAAAGCCAAGGAUGCCACGGCGGAUAUCCCGACAAAGCGUUCCAGUACAUCGCUGAUAACGACGGCCUCUCACCCGACUCAGACUACAUCUACGAAGCAACCGAUGGCAGUUGCAGCCCUGAGCGAGCGACUUCCCGCGCCGGCAAGAUCAGUGGGUACGAGAAUGUCCCGGCCAACGACGAGGCGGCGCUGAUGAAGGCCGUGGCUAACCAGCCCGUCUCUGUCGUCAUUGAUGCUGGCGGAGCCGGGUUUCGGUUCCACAACAGCGGCGUCUUCACGGGAGAGUGCGGGACGGAGAUGAACCAUGCGGUGACGGUCGUCGGCUACGGCGAAAGUAGCGACGGAAUUAAGUAUUGGUUGGUGAAGAAUUCGUGGGGAACGGGAUGGGGAGAGGAUGGAUAUGUGAGGAUUCAAAGGGAGAGUGGAAAUGUUGAAGGACUUUGUGGCAUUGCUAAGUGGGCAUCCUAUCCCGUUGCUUAA